AUGCUGUCCCGUGUUAUGCUCCUCGAGGCCGCUCUGGCCGUCGGUGGCGCCGUCGCCGCUUCCAAGUCGUGCCCCGCCAACCUCGAGCUCUCGUGCCACAACACCACCGCCGUCGACACCUGCUGCACAGUCUACCCGGGCGGACAGCUGCUCAUGACCCAGUUCUGGGAUACCGACCCCAGCACCGGCCCCGCUGACAGCUGGACCAUCCACGGUCUGUGGCCCGACUACUGCGAUGGCUCAUAUCCCCAGUUCUGCGACAAGUCCCGCGAGAUCACCAACGCUACUCAGAUCAUGCAGGCCGCCGACAAGUGCACCCUGGCGUACAUGGAGAAGUACUGGCUGGACUACCAGGGCGACAACGAGCAGUUCUGGGAGCACGAGUUCAACAAGCACGGCACCUGCAUCUCGACCCUGGACCGCAAGUGCUACUCCGAAUACCAGACCAGCCAGGAGGUCGUCGACUACUUCAAGACCACCGUCCAGCUGUUCAAGACUCUGCCCAGCUACAAGUGGUUGGCCGCCGCGGGCAUCGUCCCCUCGGCCGACAAGACGUACACCCUCGCCGAGAUCCAGGCCGCCAUCAAGGCCAACUACGGCUUCGAGGCCAUCGUCAACUGCAACAAGAACACCAAGGCCAUGAACGAGAUCUGGUACCACUUCAACACCAAGGGCUCCGUCCAGACCGGCAAGUUCGUCCCCGUCCAGCCCGUCGGCAGCUCGACCUGCCCCAAGACCGGCAUCAAGUACCUGCCCAAGUACGGCGGCGGCUCGCCCUCCGCGACCACCACCACCGGCGGAGCCACCACAACCACUACCACCGCCACAGGUACCGCCACCACCUCCGGCCCCGCUCCCACCGGCGGCUCCGCCCUCUCCGGCAAGGCCUACCUCUACGUCAACACGCCCUCCGACAGCAACGGCGGCUUCCUGAUCUCCGGCGGAGCCUGGUACCGCGCCGGCGGCACCCCCGCUACCUACACCGCCACCCCCAACGCCGACGGCACCACCUUUCAGCUCAAUUCGAGCAAGGGCAAGUGCGGUGUCCAGGCCGACUCCUCCUUCUCCUGCGCCUCGGGCGUCACGGCCAGCAACUUUGGCUACGACGGCAGCUUCCUGACGUACAACGGCGCCAACACCUUCUACGCCGCCUCUCUGCCGACCGGCACCCAGCAAGGCGUUGUGUACACCUCGCAGAAGGCCGUCUCUCUGCAGGUCACCUGGUCCCCUCGCUCUUAA